AUGCCUGCACAUUACGCACCGCUGCCAACGCAGCAGUCAUCACGAGAUGCUGAUCGUGAACUUAACGAUGCCUUUGAGUCCGACGGUGAUUCAGAUGAUGAUACUCAUUUCGAACGCCCACCAUCGUCUAAUCGCCAACGUGCUAAUACCCAUUCCUCCAUCGCAGAUCCUCCAAAAAGCACGUCAGGUAGUACAACAGCUUAUGACUUUGAGCGGAAUUACGAUUACGACCGCCCGCCCCCUGGUUCUCCACCGCAGCCUCUAUCUACUACCUUGCCUAAUGAUAUAGGCAAUUCAAAUGGCGAAUUGCCAACCUCCCCCUUGGGGACCACAUUGCCUCGUCCAUCAUUCCUGCGCAGGGCAGUCGGGGCCAUCUUACCCACUCACUACGUCCGUGUACCGAACAAUGAACCGCCCGCUGGAGUGACGGGUGGAGGGAUACAGAAUGAUGGAGUGUUUUCAAAUGUCGUUGCCAAACCCGCCUCCUCAGUACAAAUCCAAUCUGAGGAUGGCAGCAUCUACAUGGUCCCUGAGGAGACACAGAGCACUGCUCCACCCGUAUCAGAUGCUGUUCCCCCAUAUUGGGAUACAAUCGUGCAUGCUCCUGCCGGAAUGGACACCGAUGCUGGGAUGAUCGUCGGCGAUCUUCCCUCAGGCUCUAUCCUAGCAUUCAUUUCGAACCUCUUUGUAUCAUUUUUCUUCCAGUUUAUCGGCUUCCUCCUCACAUACCUCCUCCAUACUACGCACGCCGCAAAGUUUGGCUCACGAGCUGGCCUUGGACUAACACUGAUCCAAUAUGGCUUUUACUCUCGUUCUGUAACGGAUAACAUACUUCCCGCCCCUGAUGGCAAUGGCACUCCUGAUGUCCUCAUGCUAUCCGCCCCGACUUCAUCAACCGCUCCCAUGCCUCAGGACAGUAACGUUGCUCUCAGCUUGUCUUCACGAGAGUGGCUAUCGUUCCUUUUAAUGACUCUCGGUGGGUGUGACCUAUCCUCAUUUUGUCUGUUUACUCACCCCGCUGUGUAG